AUGACGACGAUGAUUUCUUCGAGGAGUGGCACCAUCAAAACCACCUUUUUUAACGCCUCCUCCUCCUCCGAAGAGCAGAAGAAGACGAGGAAGGUGAGAACGACAAAGCGGACGGAAACGGUGCGUUUUAGGACGACUUCUUUUUGUGCGGAUGCGUUUUUGACGAAUACGAAUGCCAAAGUUUUACCGGUCUUUAGACGACGACGGCGAGAAGCGUUGCGUCGAACAGCCUCUUCCUCCUCCUCCUCCUCCUCCGCAUAUAACAACAACAAUAGGACUGAAAACGACGACGACUUUUCCAAUUAUUUCCAAUCGUUAAAGAAACAACCGUGGGACGCGUUACCGAAACCUUGGAAAGAGUUUUGGGGCAUGCGACCAGCCGGAUAUGUCUUGAACGUGGACAACGAGAAACAAACCGUAAACGCGAACGAAAUCGAAAGUCCGUCCUUAAAUUUCCCGCAAACGAAAGAAGAAGGUGUGGAACGAUUGAAAUCGAAUCUGGUGUACUACAGGCAGAAUUAUUUCGUCAUGUUUGUCCCGUUUUGUGUCAUGUUUGGUGGAUUUAACUUUUGGCCGUUUCUGUUGUCUUCGGUUGGAUUUUUUACCGCUGUAGCCGCCGCGAGCGAUAAGAUUUUAGGCGAAGUGCAAUUAAAGAUGGAAGAGAAGAACGUGGGGAUGGAUUUGACAUUUAAUAAGCAGAGGGUGUUAGGGAUGGAUAGGAAGGUUUUGAUGAAAGCGGGCGUAUUGUUUGGUUUCUUUUGGAUGACGAAGUGGGUGCGAGCGUCCGACGCGGUUGCGGCGGCGAGUAAGAUUACGAGGAUGUUGAUACGAGUCGUCAUUUUGUGGAUGAUGACGAGCGCGUAUUUGGCGAUAUUGAGACCGAUUGAUUUGAAGAGCACGCUUACGAACGCGUGGGGGGAGUUAAAAGAUGCAAAGAGUAAAGAGGAUUUUGAAAAAGCCGGAAAGAAAGCGUGGUCGGGCGUGAAAUCGUGGUUCAAUCAAAAAGCGAGAGAACAACCGCAAGCGACGCCGAUCAUAUUCAACGUAAAAGGAGAGAAUGUAAAUGCAGCGAGUCAAAAUAAUAACAACAACAAUAAUAGGACUGAAAACGAUUGGAAGAAAGGUGCGACGGAUGCGGACGCACGAGAUGCGUCCAAGAAAGGCUUACCGCCGGGCUCCGCUCGAUGA